AUGACCGUCCACGCUGCUCGCUUCACCCCAGAGGUGCUUCUCUCGGCCCCGCGCCGAUCAACUGGUGUUCCCAACUCGACCGGUGAGCUCGUGCUAUACACCGUUUCCGUCUACUCCUUCGAGACGCACUCCAAGUCUUCGCAGAUUCGAGUCCUCAACAUCAAAGAAGGCACUUCUCACCUCGUGUCUGAGGAUUCUGGCGCCAGCGAUCCCGUAUGGAUUGGCGAAAAGGAGAUUUUGUACCUCAAGGGUGGUGACAAUGGCUGUACCAUGAUUAUGACCCAGCGAGUGCAAGAAGAUUCCGAACCCCAAAUGGUCCACUAUCUUGCGGGAAAUAUAUCAAGUCCCAAAACCAAAGUCCUGUCAAGCGAGAAAGUCGCUGUUUGCUUCGCCGGACUAACCACCCCCAAGGGAGAGUUGUACUGGCCGCCUGCCGACCACAAGUCACACGACUCGGCCAAGAUUUACACCUCGCUUUUCGUUCGCCACUGGGAUAACUGGAAUACCGCCAAUGAAAAUUCGCUAUGGUACGGCCAAUUGGCCAAGAUGGACGGCAAAUGGGCCCUGGAAAGCCCUGGCUUGACCAACCUCUUGGCCGGCACCGACCUCAAGUCUCCUGUCCCUCCCUUUGGCGGCUCUGGCGAUUUUGACAUUUCUGCAAACGGCAUCUGCUUUGUCGCCAAGGACCCAGAGAUCAACCCGGCGAGGUACACCAAGACUGAUCUCUACUAUGUGCCCAUCAAGUCGUAUAUCGAGAAGCCGUCUGCGCCGCAAAUUGUCAAGACUGGCAACCUGGUCGGCUACAGCAUAACACCCACCUUCAACAAGGAUGGCAAAAAGAUUGCCUUUGCUCGCAUGAAGAAUAUCCAGUACGAAGCUGACAAGACUAGGCUCCUGGUCAUUCCCGACGUGACGGACCUCAGCAAUGUUCAAGAGUUUUACAAGACCAGCGACGGUGAGGGUGGUUGGGACUUGAAGCCCGACUGGAUUACCUGGAGCCACGACGAAAAGGAGUUGUUUGUUGGCGCAGAAAAGCAUGGACGAGUCGUGCUCUGGAAGCUCCCGUCGUCUCCCGCCGAUGCCAAAGAUCUGCCCACGCCACUUCACCACGACGGUAGCGUCAGUGAUGCCAAGUUAUUGGGAGACGGCCCUUCGUUGCUCAUCAGCUCCAAGUCUCGCAUCGAGAGCUCCCUUUACACCGUGUUGGACCCCACCUCUGGUUCAGUUACCGAGCUGUCCUCGAGCUCCAAGAAUGGCAAGUCCUUUGGCCUCAACAACUCGAUGCGCGACGAUCUUUGGUAUCGUGGCUCCCUGGGGUAUGAUGUACACGCUCUUGUGACGAAACCAUCCGACUUUGACCCGUCAAAGAAGUAUCCUUUGGCUUUCCUAAUCCAUGGUGGCCCUCAAGGUGCUUGGAUGGAUGAUUGGAGCACGCGGUGGAACCCAGCCAUUUUUGCCGAGCAGGGUUACGUUGUCGUCUCCCCCAACCCAACUGGCAGCACUGGGUAUGGGCAGAAGCACACCGAUGCCAUUAAGUGCAACUGGGGCGGCAACCCCUACGAAGAUCUUGUGCUGUGCUUUGAGCACUUGGAGAAGAAUGUAGAGUACAUUGAUACGUCGCGAUCCGUGGCCCUUGGAGCUUCAUAUGGAGGCUACAUGAUCAACUGGAUCCAAGGCCAGCCCUUGGGGCGCAAGUUCAAGGCUCUCGUGUGCCACGACGGUGUCUUUUCCACCCAAAACCAGUGGUCCACCGAGGAGCUCUUCUUCCCCGAGCACGAUUUUGGUGGCACGUUGUGGGAGCACCGUGAGACCUAUGCCAAAUGGGACCCAUCACUGCAUUGCCAGAACUGGGAGACUCCAAUGCUGGUGUUGCACAACGAGUUGGAUUAUAGGCUGCCGAUUUCCGAAGGGCUGGCCAUGUUUAACGUUUUGCAGGCCCGAAAUAUUCCUAGCAAGCUUGUAUCGUUCCCCGAUGAGAACCACUGGACAAUCAAGCCUGAGAACUCGUUGGUGUGGCAUAGGGAAGUGUUGGGCUUUAUCAACAAGUAUAGUGGAAUUGCUGGCAAGGGCUCUGCGUAG